AUUUAAAGAUCUAAUAAAUAAAUAAUCAGGCGAGUGCGGAAUAGAGAGAAAGUAAUUUCGUUCUGCGCUCUGUCGCAAUGACUAACAUCUCAGAAGAUGGAAACCCCAUAGUAAGGCACGAAGUAGCGCUUAUAAACGGUCUCCCGACGAAAAUUUCGUGUGCGACUCCUCGGCAAGAUGCGGAAAAAGUGUGUGUUGUGGUAAUCCCGGGUAAUCCUGGCUCUAUCGAAUUCUACGAUAUUUUCAUCGCUACACUUUUCAGCGAGAGCGGGGGAAAGAUUCCAAUUUAUGGAGUUGGCCACGCAGGUCACACAAAGCUCGAAGAAUCGAGCGUCUUCAAAUGCGGUCGCCCAAAGCAGUACGAGCAGGAAUUCCCGACCGACAUGCACCUCGAUGAUCAGAUAACACACAAACUUAGCUUCAUCGCGUACCAUAUCCCUAAAGACUGCAAGGUUAUACUGGUCGGGCAUUCUAUAGGAGCGUACAUCGUGCUGCAAAUGAUGAAGAGGUAUCACGACAAAGACAAAUUCAUCAAAGGCAUCCUUCUCUUCCCCACCAUUGAACACGUGAUGGACUCUCCCUCGGGCCGCCUGUGGUGGGUGCUGUGUUUCUACCUGCAGUGGCCGUUCCUCUUUCUCACUCUUUGCUUCUCGCUGAUGCCCAGCGUGUUCCAGAAAUGGUCCAUCUCCUGGUGGAUGUACUUCAACAAGUUCAGUUGCCAUGACAGCACCGUGAGUGCCACUCAGGGUUUCCUUAACUACCGCGCUAUGGAGAACAUGCUGAGAAUCGGUCGUGACCUGGGAACGAUUAAAGAAAUUGACGCGAGCAGCGUACAGGAGAAUCUGGACAAACUUGUUUUCUACUACGGGUCACGUGAUCCUUGGGUGCCGCGCACGUGUCACGAGGAGCUAUCUCGUAAGUUCCCGGAUGCAAACGUCAUUGUUUGUGACGAUAAUAUUCAACACGCGUUCGUUCUCGACGCGUCGGAAGAGGUCGCGAAAAAGGUCUGGGGCUGGAUGGAGGGCGACCUCGUCAUGGUUUGACGUCACUGGUUGUCGUCAUGACAACGAGACAACGUGUUGCAAACAUAUCUGCCGUAGAGGAUUUCAAGACUACAAUAGCUUGUCAAGGGAUUGGCGUCAUCGAUCAGGAAAUGACGGGGGAAAGUUGGGUUUAAAGGGUAGGUGUGACCGUCGACAACAAAACAAAAAAAGCUGUAUACAAUGGUCAUUGCUCGGAAUGUCUCAUAAUUUUCACCCUAAAAUAGAUCUUGUACGGGUUAUUCCACCAUUUGGUUAGAGGAGUACCUCUCCAGGCCUGUAAGCGAGAAUAUUUCAUAGGGUUGCUUCAUUUAGACGCCACGUCCGAUUUCAUUCCCCUAAGAACUUGUACAACUGAGAAAAAAAGUAUUUAACUACCUGGACCGUCCCGUCUCUUUGACGCAGAGCCAAAGGAAUCGUUAUCAAGUUCUCACCUCCUCCCCUUUCCCUAAAGAUAUCUGGAAGGCAGAAAUGUGUCCUGGGACAAGUUUAUUCUUUGCGUGGUUACAAGUCAGGCAAAAUUGCAUGAGAACAAUGAAUAAUUGUUCAAUUUGCAUGCUGAAAUAAAUUUAUCCAAUAACACACACAAAUACAAACCUGUGUCACUAUAAAACCAAUUUAAUGUAAACUUCAUAAAAAAUAUACAAUCAAAAUAUAGACAAACUGUUUGGAGAA